AUGGAACCUAUACCACCAACUUGCUCUGUUCCGCCCGACCCAGAUAUCAGUGGACCUGGUAUUCGUAUAACCGUCGCCUUUCUUCCUGCCAUCGGUGUUGUAUUCGCCAUACUUCUAAACAUUUACCGAAUUACCCUACGUAUCCUAAAGCGGCAAUUCGCUCCCCCGCUUGUACUCGUCAAAGUCGCAGAAGUUUUUGAAGAAGCCAACAAUGUUCAGCUUGGACUGGCGAUUGUUUACUGUUUUGUAUCCCUUACUAUCAUCCAUCGAAUAGACGCCUUUCAUCUUCGAUUUCUUCUAGACCAAGCAAUCCUAUCCGGUCUUUCAAAGUCUCUAGCAAAAGACAUUCUCCGCACUGUUAAAGUCGAGCAGACUGUCUCGAGCCUGAGGGCCAACGUCAAAUUCUGGAAAGAUGCUAUCUUACACUUUAUUCUCUCAGUCCUGUAUCUUACCAAUGGAGUUAUAUUCCUUCUCAAGCUCCGAAACCUGUGGCAAUCCAACUCGGCAUGUUUCCACAAGCUUUUCUACUCCGACACCAUACCCAUUUCCAUUCUCCUUGGCGUCAUCGUCAUCUCGGUUCAAAUCAGAUCUAUGAUUCCUCCUCGAUCAGGUCCAGAGUCACGCUUCAAGAAGUGGUCGCGAUUGUUAAUCGUGAGUUUCUUAACACCGAGUUGCAUGAUACUUGUUGGCGUGUUUGAUGUUAUCAAUUAUGAGGCUUCGAAGAUGUUUCUUGCAGACACGGAGUCGAGAUGGGGUAUUGGGCAGGUUUUACCUCCGCUCUUUUUGGGCGUUCAAGUUGUUGGGCUGAUAUGGAGAGCUUGGGGAGUUGUGUGGGGGGAGAUGAUCGCUGGCUAUAUACUGGCUCGGCAGCUUUGA